UUUGAUCUUAUUUAUUUAAUAUAUAUCUUAUUUAUUUAUUUCAUAUAUCCGUAGGCUUCUAUAUAAUCACCUUUCUCUCUCUCUCACACUGCACUCUCAUACUUCUUCCCCCAAAAUACAGAUAAAAUUAUUUCAAUUUCCUUCAAAUUUUCCUUUCAAUCUGUUGUACGCUUAUACAUCGGAGAUGGCGGUGAGCAACGGCGGAUCCGGUAAGGGUCUGAUAGUCAGUUUCGGCGAGAUGCUGAUCGACUUCGUGCCGACGGUCUCCGGCGUGUCGCUGGCGGAAGCGCCGGGGUUCCUUAAGAAGCCCGGCGGCGCUCCGGCCAAUGUCGCCAUAGCCGUGGCCAGGCUGGGCGGAAGGUCCGCGUUCGUCGGCAAGCUCGGGGACGACGAUUUCGGUCACAUGCUCGCUGGGAUCCUGAAGGAUAACGGCGUCUGCGCCGACGGCGUCAACUUCGACAAGGGCGCGCGGACGGCUCUGGCAUUCGUGACCCUGCGCGCCGACGGAGAGCGCGAGUUUAUGUUCUACAGGAACCCCAGUGCCGACAUGCUUCUCACCCCUGAUGAGUUGAAUCUGGGAGUGAUUAGAUCUGCAAAAGUAUUUCACUAUGGAUCAAUAAGCUUGAUAGUGGAGCCAUGCAGAUCGGCACAUUUGAAGGCAAUGGACGAGGCCAAAGCAGCUGGUGCCCUGCUUUCGUAUGAUCCCAACCUUCGUCUGCCAUUGUGGCCAUCUGCAGAGUACGCAAAAGAGCAGAUUAUGAGUAUUUGGAACAAAGCUGAUAUUAUAAAGAUCAGCGAUGUAGAGCUUGAGUUUUUAACCGGGAGCAACAAGAUUGACGACGAGUCGGCACUCUCUCUAUGGCACCCCAACUUACAGCUCCUCCUACUCACUCUUGGUGACAAAGGCUGUAAAUAUUACACCAAGAAUUUCCGGGGAUCAAUUAGUGGGCAUCCCGUGAAGACUGUAGAUACAACUGGAGCUGGUGACUCUUUUGUAGGAGCCAUACUUGGCAAGAUUGUUGAUGACCAUGCCUUAAUCCACGAUGAGACGAGAUUGAAGGAAGCAUUGACAUAUGCAUGUGCUUGUGGAGCCAUCACCACGACCAAAAAGGGUGCAAUUCCAGCUCUUCCCACACAUGAUGAAGUUCUUACCCUCUUCAAUGGAGCAAAAUAGAGGAAAUUACAACACACAUUUUAAGUCCUUAUUUUAGUUUUUCAAAGUUUUGAGCUUUUUUAGCCUAAGCGUGUGCCUUUUGCUCUGUAAUUUUUACAUCUCAAUGGAUGAAUGUUUCCAUUUUACACUUUGUGAAGUUGAAUGUUUUUGUAGGAUGUGGUUUCAUAUGAAUACAUCAAG